AAUUCCAUUCAUGAUAGUGUAUCACUUCCAGCUUUCGAGUGGACAGAUAAAUCCGAAAUGGGACACAAAGAAGAAUACAUGGAAUGGUUACGCAAGUAUGUUCCUUUAGGUAACCACCUUAUUUGGCACGAUGUUGGCGGUAACCAUGGUUUAUUAAAUAUAAGCGGGGAUCAUAGGUUACCGUUCAACAUUCGUGGCGGGACAGACGUGGUGGUCGUGGGCGAAAACGAUGUCUCAAAUAAUUUAAUUCAAGAAAACAUCUACGCUAUAUUGGAAAUAAAGAAAUAUGUAGAAAGAAAAAACGUAAUGCAAACGAUUUUAGAGUUAAUUGCCGCAGACUUAACAACAAUAGAUACCAGGAUCGUGUUCGGUAUUUUGUCAGAUCUCAGGGAUGAUUGGAGAAUUUUCUGGUGUGGGUCAGAUAGAAAAAUAAAAUUCUGGAAAGCACAAAAUCGGGCUAUUGCAGUUCAGACAUUAAUUAAACUUUUAGGAAAUACCGGAACCAAUUUGGAAAGUGCGAUUCCGGCCGCAGAACGGGUCAAGAUAGAUACUUUUUUUGAUAAUGUUGAUG